AUGAAUUCGAGCAGGAAUUGCGAUUCCGAUUCCGGCGUGGAAUUCGAAGAGGACGGAUUCGGGGUGUUUACGGACAAACGCACGGGCGUGACGAGCCCCGUCAGGCGGUUUACGUGGAAGAAUCGGAAUAACGUUAACGUGCAAGUGGUUACGUACGGAGCGACGAUAACGUCGAUCAAACUACCGGGAGUCGAUGGGAAAAUCGACGAUAUCGUCAUGGGAUUCGAUAAUGUCGACGGUUACUUGAAUCCUUUGAAUCCUUACUUCGGCGCGACCGUCGGUCGAGUAGCCAAUAGAAUAGGUUUAGCUAGGUUUACAAUUGAAGGUCAUACAUAUCAAGUGACUGCUAAUAGCGGGCGACAUACUUUACACGGUGGUUUAAGAGGUUUCGAUAAGGUGAAUUGGAAUCACCACGUUGAAGGCACCAAAGUGGUGUUGAGUUACCUGUCGAUGGACGGCGAUGAAGGAUUUCCCGGCGAUGUUGUAGCUAAUGUUAGUUUCGAUUUGACUGACGAUAACGAAUUUUUGGUGGAUUUCAAAGCGACUUGCACCAAACCUACCUAUGUUAAUCUAACGAAUCAUUCGUAUUUUAACCUGGCUGGACACGGUAAAGGGGCUGAUGAGUUGUACAAGCACGUGGUGACCAUAAACUCUGAUAGAACCACCGAGGUGGACUGCGAUUCAAUUCCUACAGGAAAACUUCUACCGGUCGCUGGUACUGUUUUCGAUUUAAGAGUACCGAAAGUACUCGGAGACGUUAUACACAAAAUACCCGGUUAUGAUGGUUUCGAUCAUAAUUUCUGUAUAAACAAAGGUUCGAAGCAAGAAAAUACAUUUGCUGCGAAGGUAUUUCAUCCGCCUUCUGGUAGGGCCAUGGAGGUUUAUACCAAUCAACCAGGAGUUCAAUUUUACUGUUCAAAUUUUAUACCUGAGAAAAAUUCCGUGGACAAACUUAAUGGGAAAGAUGGCGUUCCGUAUUACAAACACGGAGCUUUGUGCUUGGAGACUCAAAAUUGGCCGGACGCUAUUAAUCAUAAAAAUUUCCCGCCGGCCGUGCUUAAUCCAGGUGAACAAUACCAUCAUACAGUCGUGUAUAAAUUUUUUGUGAAUUAA